UUAAAAUAAAGCUCUGUCCUUUCCUGUCUUUUUAUAUUUUAGCUGUGAAAAGAAGCAAAAACACAAGAAGAAACACAUUUGAUGGAAGAUAAGAAAAAGAAAAAACAAGAAGAGAAGAAAAAGAACGAAGCUACACAGAAAAAGACCACAGAACAGAUAACCAAAGUGCCAGACUCUGCUAAGCUCGACCCCACCCCUCCUCUUCUCCCCACCAACCCAUCCGUACCCCAAAGCAGUGGAAAUGGGAAGCGCGCCUCCUCCGGAUGCCAGCCGCAGACAGCACAGCAGCCGCAGACCUUGCUCCAGCAGCAGCAGCGCUACCUGCCCAGAGAGGUGCCCCCUCGCUUCCGUCAGCAGGAGCAGAAGCAGCUGUUGAAGAGGGGCCAGCCUUUGCCACCCGGGACCCUGCCUCUCCUUACCACGGGACAUUCCUACACUAGUGAACCUGCAGCAUUAACAGUAGCCAUAAACCCCUCUGCAUCCUGUACCUCUUCCUCCUCGGCCAGCUUGCCCACAGUACUGCCCCCGCAUAGUGGCCAAGGAACCCAGUAUGAUAACCCCCCCUGGGGACACCUGCCAGCUAACAGAAGUGCCACAAGUGCUGCAUCUUCCACCAGUCCCAGUGGCUGGGAUCAACUGAUAAUUGACCAGAAGGAUUCAGUGGCUUGGCCUUCUAUUACCCUCAGUCAGAGCCAGGCUUCUCCAGUAGGAUGCCCUUUGGACACUGACCCUGGUCACCUGACCACCAGCAGCAGUAGUUCAAGCAGUAGUUGUAGUGCAGUGAGUAUGGCCACGGGAGCCAAUAGUCAGACAGGCCACUUCCCUGCCAACCACCUUAACAGCAAAUCCAACAGUGGGCCUAGCCCUGUCAAUCAUACUGGAACCAGCAUGCUCUCUAGCCAGGUUGCAACCAAUCGCAGUUGGGGAUCUGGGCCAGGAUCUUCUCAUUGCCCUGCUCAGUCCUCAGUGGGUAAUGAAGGGAAGUGUGACAGCCCAGUGGGAGGAGGAGGCAGCAGGGGCUGGGGUUCCUCUUCGUCGUCCUCCACCACCAACUUUAACUUGAACCUAAACCCUAAUGCCAACCCAUCUGCAUGGCCCAUGUUGGGGCAUGAUGGAGGAGGCACAGGGGGAGGCAGCUCAGGUGGAGCCAACACCAUUUCAUCUCCUCAACCUACACCUAAUCUCUGUAACCCUCCUGGCCCCCCACCAGCCCAAACCAGUGCCUGUUCUGGAGCCAACAAUAACAGCAAGUCUUCUGGGAUUGGCAGCGCAUGGGGUACCAUAAUGACUUCUGAUGAGUCACACCUCACUCCAUCCACAAAUGUGUCUUUCAGUUCUGAACCUCAAAACCUUAAAACUGAUGGACCAAAUCAGACUAAAAAACAAGAACCUCCUAGCCCGAUCCAAAACUUGUCUGGUUGGGGCAGCUCAUCUGUAGGCUUGAGUCCUAUGGGGCAGCCUCAACCAGGGGGUUUACAGGUCAACGGAGAAGAUGAUAACUCUUUGUGGGGCAACAGUGGCAAUUCAAAGCCAACGUCAUCAAAGGAAGGACCUGGCUGGGAUUCUGCUUGGGGCCAUGUGGGGGGUGGAGCUGGAAACUCCGGAGGAUGGGGUAAACCGUCGAGUGGAGACAGGGGGAAACAGCACAGUGAAGAGGUCCAGGGAGGCUGGGAUGCCCCCAGCUCUCCUCCCCAGGAUUCACAAGCCAAUACUUGGAGCAGAGCUGUGAGCACAACGGGUGCCAGUGAAGGGAGUAGUGAUAGCAUGGAAGGAUAUCCCCGACGGAGAGAUGACCCAACCAGAGAAAAAACAGUUCCUCUGCUGCCUGCCCAGGAUCUGGACCCCAGGGUGCUGUGCAACACCGGCUGGGGACAGACCCCUGUACGCCAGCACACAACCUGGGUCAUGGAGGAUUCUAAACGCAAGAAUGAAGCUGGUACUGAAUCAUGGGGCCCUGGCCCUGCCACUCCAAGCGAUGUCCAGGGACCCUCAAACACUAACACGGGCCCUACUCAGAGGUCUGACCCUGGAAACAAAACUGAUGUGCCUGGUUCACAGGGACCUUCUGGUUGGGGUGGAAGCAUGGCUGCUUCACAUACACCCAGUUCUGGUUGGGGAGACCCACCCACCAAUGUAAAGCACCCUGUUGGGCCAAGUGGAUGGGGUAACCCUCCAAAUGGAGGUCCUUCCAACAGCAUACCCAAGAAUGGUGCUCAGUCUUGGGGAGAAGAGAUAUCAUCUGGGUGGGAUGAUUCACAAGGCAAGUCAACAUCCCAGGGCUGGGGAGAGCAACCCAAAACAUCAAACUCCUGGGGCAGCAGUGGAGGAAGCAAUAACACUGGGGACUGGGGAGAACCAGAAGAGAGUAAAAAGAGUUCCUCUGGCCCUGACUGGGAAGGAGAAUCGGGAAGCUGGAAGGAAAACAAACGAGACUGGGGAAUGUCUACUUCAGGACAUGGAGGUUCUGCAGCUGGAAGCAGCGGGGGCUGGGGUGACUCUGCACCACAGCGCCCAUGUGGUCCCCCUCAAGGCUGGAUGGGCAAGCCCCAAGAUGGGCCCAACAGUAACAGCAGAGGAGGGACUAUAGGCUCUUGGGGUGGUCCAGGCUCUGUAAAGCCAGGUCCAGGAUGGAGUGGUGGUAAGAAAGAUCCUUCAAAUGAGCCAACGGGCUGGGAAGAGCCCUCUCCGCCUUCAAUCCGUCGCAAGAUGGAGAUAGAUGAUGGGACCUCGGCCUGGGGCGACCCCGGUGCCUACAAUAAGGCAGUUAACCUGUGGGAUAGGAACAACCCAGGGCUGGUCCAGACUAAGGCUACGACUGGGGGCAGUAACCCUCCAGGUUCUAGCAACAACCAUCCCCACGUUCACAAUCACUCCUAUCAUGGGCCACCUGCACCCUUACAGAACCAUAGCCAAAACACUCAAAACCCAGGCCCUGCCAGUGGGGCAGUGGAUCCUUCAGUGCAACACCAGUCUGGGACGUCUCACAUCAGGGGUCCUCUGAUAGCUCAAGGUUGGGGAGAGCUUCCCAGCUCCCACACAAAGUCUGAGAGCUCUUGGAGAGAAGCAGCACCCUCUCCAGUCAGCGUGGAUAAUGGCACAUCUGCUUGGGGCAAAUCGAGUGGGAGCGCCAGAAGUUGGGGAGAUGGCAACCCAGGCAACUACGGCAGGGGCAACCCAGCGAUGACUACAGUACCUGGCAAACCUGCCUCCAAACCUAUGCAAGAUGGAUGGGGAGGAGGAGGUGAAGAGCUCAGCCUUUCAGGGGGUCAGUGGGAUUCUGAGGAGGGAGACAUGUGGAACAGCACAGCCUCCCAGGAGAGCAACUCUUCCUGUAACUCCUGGGGCAAUGCAUCCAAAAAAGGCCCACAGAAAGUGAAGAUACCAGGGAAACAGGAAGAUGACUGGAUCAUUAAACAGCUCAUCAAACAGCUCACAGACAUGGGCUUCCCUAGGGAUCCAGCAGAGGAGGCUUUGAAGAGCAACAACAUGAACUUGGAUCAGGCCAUGAGUGCCCUGCUAGAGAAGAAGACCGAGCUUGACAAGCGUGGGAUCGGGAUUGGCGGCCACGACUACAACAACGGGCUCAUCAACAAGCGCAUGAGUUGCCCUCGGCCUCCACUUCUAUCCAAAGACCCCUCAACAGAUCCUCGCCUGCCCUUCAUUGAUAAGCAGAUGCAGAGUGGAAUGUUUGGUGGCGGUGGAGCAGCACAAGCCAGGGUCAUGCAGCAGCCGCAGCCGCCUCCUCAGCCACCAGUGCCGCCUCUCAGCUCCUCUCAGCCUAGUCUACGUGCUCAAGUGCCUCAGUUUCUCUCCCCUCAGGUUCAAGCACAGCUCUUACAGUUUGCAGCAAAAAACAUUGGACUGAAUCCUGCACUUUUAACCUCACCAAUAAACCCUCAACAUAUGACCCUUCUGAAUCAACUUUACCAGCUGCAGCUGGCAUACCAGCGUUUACAAAUUCAACAGCAAAUGUUGCAGGCACAGCGCAAUGUUUCUGGCCCUAUUCGACAACAAGAGCAGCAAGUUGCACGUACAAUCAAUAACAUGCAGCAGCAGAUCCAACAGCACCAGCGUCAGCUGGCCCAGGCUCUGCUUAUGAAACAGCAACAGCAGCAGCCCUCCCACUCUGGCCUGCAUCCUGGUGGGACCAAAACCUCUCUGGAUUCAUAUCCAGGUCACCCCCAGGCUCCAGUCCUCCCUGACCUGCAGACCAAAGAGCCGCAGUCAUCUCCCAACACCUACAGCCCCUAUGCUCUCUCUGGACUGAAUCCAAACAUGAAUCCAAACUGUAUCGAUGUGGGAAGUCUUCCGUUGAAGGACCCACCCCUACCGCAGUCCCGGCUGUCACAGUGGACACACCCAAACUCCAUUGAUAGCCUUUCUGGAAACUCGUCUCCUCUUGAGCCCAACCUGGGAAAGCAUGGUGCCAACCUCGGCCCACCCGGAAAGCCCCCUCAGAUAGACGACUCUUACAACCCCUACAAUCUGAUAUCAAGUUCGGAGUCUCCGACCAGCCCCUUGGUUCCUCCAGAGAGCUGGGGUCAGGGCAAGAACAGCAGCGACAAGAUGGCCAAUGGGACCAAUAUCAACUGGCCUCCAGAAUUUUGUCCUGGUGUACCCUGGAAAGGUCUGCAGAAUAUUGACCCUGAGACCGACCCCAACGUGACUCCAGGAAGCGUCCCCAGCGGACCUACGAUCAACACCAACAUCCAAGAUGUGAACCGUUACCUGCUGCGGGACAGGAGUGGAGGCUCCUCUCCCACCUCAUCUCAGAGCGAGGCUCUGCCUCCGUCCUCCGAUUGGCCAGUCAGUGCCUAUGCUAGCUCGUUCAGUCUUUCGUCCCCGGAGAUGGACGAUGCAGGCAAGCUGUCAGAGAUGAAAUCAACCUGGUCUUCAGGUCCCAUCUCUCACAGCCAGGCGUCUCUGUCCCACGAGCUUUGGAAGGUCCCCCAGGGUCCGCGGAGCAGCACCACAACUCCUUCCCGCCCCCCGCCUGGCCUCACAAAUACCAAGCCCUCCUCCACCUGGGGCGGAAACUCUCUGGGCCUGGCCCAAGGAUGGAGCAGCUCUUACACCACAGCAGGUACCACAUGGAGUACGGACAGCUCCACCAGGACCAGUAGCUGGCUGGUUCUAAGGAACCUAACUCCACAGAUUGACGGUUCAACUCUGCGUACACUGUGCAUGCAGCACGGUCCCCUCAUCACAUUCCACCUCAACCUGACACAGGGAAACGCUGUGGUUCGGUACAGCUCCAAGGACGAAGCCGCCAAAGCCCAGAAGUCCCUGCACAUGUGUGUGCUGGGGAACACCACCAUUCUAGCAGAGUUUGCCGGGGAAGAGGAGGUGAACCGCUUCUUUGCACAAGGCCAGUCGCUCGGUGGAACAACGAGUUGGCAGGCCACCCCGGGAACCAAUCAGACCAGGAUGGCUGGAUCCGGAGUUGCUCAUCCUAUUGGUCACUCACCCCAUUGGAACAACAAUAACAACGGCGGCGGAGGUGGCGGCGGCGGGCUCGGAGCAGGUGGAACAAAAACGGGAGGGGAGUUGCUUUGGGGAGGUGUUCAGCAGUAUUCCAGCCUGUGGGGACCCCCGAGUGGGGAGGAAGGACGCGUCAUGGGAAGCCCCACACCAAUCAACACGCUGCUGCCUGGCGACCUGCUAAGUGGAGAAUCCAUGUAGGAGGAAAACUGACAAAGAGGAGCAAAAACCUUGCAAAUCAAUGUGGAGAUAAUCAAGUGUGGAUGUGAAGAUGAGGAGGAGAGACAAGAGGAGGACAAGGCUUCAUAUUCGCUGCUUGGCUUUGUCCACCUCCUCUGCUCUUUUUGUGUUAAACAACAUUUCAGUUGCAGUUCUUCUUUUGUGAAUUUGGACCCCAGUGUUUCCUUUGUCAAAGAAAGAAUUUUACAGAAACAAACGGGAAAGUCGCUGUUUUCAACAAACCUGAGUUAAACUGACAUGGCGACAAAGUGCCAUCUUAAAACUGGUGUGAUCCCUCACUGCCUUUUCAGGCAAUCAUAAUGCACCUCAGAGAUCCAUGGAAAAGGCAUCAUUCCCAAAGUAAACAAAAAACCCUUCAAUCAGAGUGGUUGUCACACUGUCAGCCGGUCCAGACCCGACAUUUAUUUCUCUCAGCACUAAUAUUAGCCUUAAACUGUUUCCUGCCCUGCUAUCCACGCUCACUCUUUACUCGGUAAAGAAGCUUACAGAGGACUUGCACACCCUUAUUUCUGAGCCAGUGAAACCUGAGUGGAAAGUACAUGCUGCUGCAGCUCACAACUUCAGUGCAUCUUUAUUUUUUUUAUUUUGCAGUCGGAUCGAGCUCCCCUAACACAUCGCUCAAAGGGAAUGAUGCUACUUUGUUCGCCUUGUUCAAGCCAUUUAUUUUUGUAGUAUUUUGAUUUUUUUUAUGGUUUGUAUUCUUGAAACAUUUGAAAACAAAGCUUAGAAAUUAUGUUAUUCAAAUGUGUCUGUCAAUCGUAUCUGGUGGGAGGAUGUACAUAUAAUGAUAUGAACCACUGCUAAUACAAAGGAACUGUAAAAGACAAACACUUUGAUGCACCUCAGCCUGGGCUUUUCCUUUUUUGCAGUUUGGUCUCAGACUGUCUCAGUGACAUUUUGGAAGAAAUGAAAACCUCAAAUUGUUCCUUCCCCUCCUCCGCAUGCCCACUCCACCUGCAAACCCACCAUUUCAAGCGACGUGCAAUAUUAGCCACAGACUCGACCGUCCAAGCACCCGAUGACUGAAAGCAGACUGUAAGGAUAGAGUGAACUGCGAACACUUUAUCUGCCCUCAGAAAGAGAGGAAAAAACUGCCACUACUACCCUUUAUCUCCCCUCAGAGAGAGUGUGAACUCAGGAGAGUAGCAAGCUGGUCUUCAACCAUUCAUUUUCUGUCCAAGACACAAGGACUUCGAUACAAAGCACUUCUUCAGCCAGCCACCUCUCCAUAAGAUUGUGCGUGUGUGAUUUUGUGUGUGUGUGUGUUUGGGAAGAAGGCAAGAAACCAAAUUGAGAAGAGCUUGUUAUCUUUUCCCCUCAUCCAGAAGACAAGAUCACUUUUUUUUGUCCAUGUUUGUUUAAAAGGUUAAAAAAUGAGGCAAAGACUUGUGAAUAGGUGGUCUGUUAUAGCACUUAACAAGAGCACCGCUGCUCCUUGUACCCUCAAUGCCAACGAACAGAAGAAAGGAGAAGCAACACUGGCAAAUAAUAACUACAAAAGCAACAGACUUCAAAGCAAUCUGUUCAGUGGCUUCUCUCUGUACUUAUUUUUUAACUUGAGAUGGAUGGGAACUUUGUUUUUCCUUCUUAAGUCAGUGGGACCAGAGGAUGUCAAACACGGUAGCAAAGUGAAGGGAAAUGCAAAGAGAACUCAAAGCGCUCAUCCUCACCUCCUUUCAUCAAAGUAAAACAUCACUGUUAACAUUGCAACUUUGAGAACUUUUUAGCCUUGGUGUCUGGGAACGCUCAGCUGGAUCCGGCAGGGAGGAUCGCCAUCUCCUCCUUCCCUUUUUAUUUAGAUUUUCUUUAGGAGGCCCUGCCAACCGGUGUGAUAGUGUGGCCACUGAGUGCCUGCCUGCUGCAGAGAGCUGAGCUGCAGCAGCCCUCACCUUUCCCUCCCUGCCGCCGUCUCAUUAACCCGCCUCCUCCCUGCGGAUCCCUCUUCCUCCUCCACCUUCGCGCCCAGAGGAGCUCAGAAAUUACUACUACUGCUACGUCAGAGCAUGUCUUCUGCAAGCACCACUUCCACUGUCUGUCGUUCUCAUGCAAGCAUCACUUUAGUCAAAGAUCAAGUCAUUUGAUGAGUGUGUUUUUAAGGGUGGAGGGCGAGGGGUUUGUAUUUACUGAAUUGCCAUUGUGCAUUUAUUUUGUUGCUGAAGUUAUUGAUGACAUAGUUUUUGAUAGGCAUAGGUCUGUGGGAGAUUCUCUUUUUGGAGAAAAAUCCCAUGGUUUCACAGUAUCAAGGUAUUAUCUAAAACCUUUAGAACAAAAAUGUACAACGUGAUCUAGAUUGUUUUAUUUAAAACAGAAAAGCAACAAUUAGUCCUACUGCUGCUAAAACAAAAUGACAUCUUGUAGUCAUAAUUAUAAUUUAGGUCUACGCAAUAUUUAGAAAAAAUUAAAUUUAGAUUUUUACUGUUAAAUGUUGUGAUAUUGACCCACCUAAUUCAGUUGUAGUUGUUUAAGUGACAAACUGCUCUAAUGUAACAAGCUGGUAUUAGUCAGGCUAUCUGCUCUGGUAGCCAGCUUGCAGUCAGCUGCCUUAGUAACUUUUAGCUUGUCAACUGUAGUUUAACAGCAAUAACACACCUCUCUGAGUCAGUGAACGUGUCCAUAUUCAUACUAUGCUGAACCUGAGAAAUACUGUAUCCAGGAGGAAGUAGUGGUGAUAAUGCACUGGUUUGUACACUUUCUAUUCAGAAGAGAAGUAGAAGAAGAAAAUUAAGUGAUUUCUCACUAGGAUAUCAGUCCACUUUUUGUAUUCAUGUAGAAGGGAACUUUUCAAAGUGGGGAAAACAGCAGUGAAUCAGAGGAUCAACUCUUUUAAAAACAGGCAUCAUUGUUCACUUCCCUGCGGUUUUGGCGCCAUCCUUUUAAUAGUAUUAUUCACGCUGUCAACACGCACAGCCAGCAUGGUCCACAAGUCUGGGUUGCUCCAAAUGUUGCUGUGCAGCAGACUGGGUAGUAUGAAUUGAGCCUUAAUAAGACUGAUGGGUGGCACUUCCUUUAAUUUCCAUACUGUCUAUCUGUAAUUUCUGCAACCAGAAAUUGUUUCAUUUAUCUAAGCAAUAGGAAGAUGUAGUACACAACUUUGCAGUGGGCAGCAUCAGGUAGGGGAGGGGCAACGCUGUGUUAAUCAAUGCUCCAUACAGCCAGUGAAAACAUAGGUCACUCCUGCACUUCUUCUGGCAUCUUAUCAAAAGGACUUCUUUGUGGGUUUGUAUUGUUUCAAAACUUUGGUAUACCUUGAUACUGGAAACCGGUCCAUACCUAGUUUCUGAUUGUCUACGAGGAUCAUUUCAUUGCUUUUAAAAACUGGUCUUUAUGCAGUGUUCAGCUUCCUUCCUGGUCCUUCCUGCCAUCUCCGAAGCAGAACCGGCGAUAACCGCCUCAGCAGAUGUUUAACAGCGUAAUCAAAACUGCAUGCAGUCGGCCUGUUCUGGCGUGGAUGGGCUUCACUCACAUUGAUUUCUGGGAGCACUCUGUCACACUUAGAGCCACCUCAAAUGACAGCAAGCCUUCCAUUUCUAUGCAAACGACAAAGGAGGUGUUUGCCCGCAGCCAUCCUCUACAUCUGCCAGUCUCCAAUUAUCUCACAACUUGUACUACCAGGCAGCUUCUCCUGAAACCUCACUGGGUUAAAUGUAGGGGACACUGAAAGAGACUCCCGCCUCUCCUAGAUUGACACUAAAUAACCUGCUGGAGACGCUACGUGUUGGCCGUCGCACCUUCAGUCUCGUGCCAACUGGAUUGCUGGUGUCUACUUCCAUUUGAUCACGAUGUCUUUUAUGUUCGAUGAAAGAAGUCAUUGCUGCUGGGGUGUACCCAUCAGGGCACUGGAGGAGCAGAAGGGCAGGACAGAUGAUGCUGAGGAACAGUGGACGGGGAUAUUUUUUAGCAGCUGCGGUAGGAGGAGGUGGAGGGAGGUCCCUGUAUGUGUCUGUGCACUGUUUAUGGGUCACAUCGGGUACAUCUCUUUAAAAACCAAAAACAUUAUUAUUUUUUUUUUUAUCAUCAAGAUUUUCAAAAAACUAGAAACUACAACAACAAAAAAAUUUGCGCGCUCAGAAGCUGAGACGCACCUCAAGUUUGGUACCAAGUCUUAAACGUAAAUAAACUUUGGGGACUUGCCCUCUUCCAGAGUCGCCUUGGACGUACAUCGUUCAAAAAAAAAAAAAAAACAAUCACUUUUUGCCUGUGCUGUUUGUUUGUGAGAUUGUUCCUGAAAACCUGCAUUAAUGAACUCCACACUGGACUUAAAUCAUGGAGCUGGUGUUGAAGUUGAGGAGGGGGUGGGAAGUUGGGGCCAGAGGUUCGACUCUCAUAUGUGGAUUUCUUGGCGCGGCAUCAGCACUGAGAGCCUCUCCCACACCCUCAUCUGCACUCUUAUCUACCUGUAAAGUGUCGGAAAUCUAAUGCUCUCCCUACUUUUUACAUUUUUACUUUUGAAGGCAACUGGAGCUCGAGUAAAGCCUGCUUCGUAAUCACGGAUCAGAUACGAGUCUUUAGCAGGAACCCAAGAAAUCAAAAGGACUGGGUUGAAUAUGCACAUGCUAGCUCAUACACAGUAUACAACCCAGAGUACAUAAUGGAUGUGUUCAGCUAGUCUUGACCUGUUUUCCCCCUUACACCCUUUGCUUCAUCCCUCCCCAUUUUAUGUUUCCCAGAAGACGAGAUCAUAAACAUAUCAGAGUUAUACAGAAUAAUGAGAACAAAUACUUGAAUCAAAAAAGAAGCGCCAACAAUGUAAUGUGAAAGUUUUUUUUGUAGGUAUUUUUUUUGUCUGAUUCAUACACUUCAAAGAUUUUUGACAGCAUCUGUUGAGAGUUACUCAAAUUUGAAAUGUUUGAAAGCAAAGAUCGAUUAUAAAGGCAAAUUUUACAUCUUGUAUCAGUGUGUUUGCACAAGGCUGCUUGUACUGUAUGAAUGAAUGUCUGUCAGGUGUAAAAAACCAAGUACAGGUGCACCUCAUUAUGUUAGGACGUCAAAACUGAACUAUUGCAGUAAUUCCGUAAACAAAAAGUCAAACCUGGAUUUAUUACACAGAAUGAUGUAUUUCAGAUGUUUAUUUCUGGUAAUUCUGAUAAUAAUCCUAGUUGGAUUCAAGUGCAGACUUUAAUUAGGCCCCUCAAGGUUCUUCUUUUUGGGGGUUUUGAACCUUGUGCGCUUCAGUUCAGUGUCUUGAAUAACCCAAACUCGCUUUACAUUAAGGUCCUGAACUGAUGGCCGGAUAUUUUAGUUAUUCAGCUUGGGAAGUUUCACCACUGCUCCAUGUUUUUCUCUUCUGUGGAUAAUGGCUCCCAGUUAUUCCCAAAGCCUUAGAAAUAUCUUUGUACCUCUUUCCAGACUGAUUGAAGUAUUUAUUUUAUUAUUUUUUUAGAUUAGGGGACGUUGUGUUGCUUUAUGAGAUUUGUUUUAGCUCUGACAGUUACUUUUAGAGUAAUCUCUUGGUGAAUUUGAACUCGAUGUUCCUAAAAGGUGGUUAUUAACAGUCAUAAUGUGAGAGGAGGGGUGAUUACUUUUUCAUAGUUGAGUCAGGUUUUGUUAGAUGGUUUUGUCCCCUUCUUCUUUUGUAUUUCCUCAGUUUUCCCUUUGUCUGACAGUGAAACUAGUUUAUUUGAAAAACCUCAGAGACGAAAAGAAAAAACAAGAUUCUGCGAGAUUGCAAAUACUUUUUCACUGCACUGUAGCUGUUGAGAGUGCUGUAUGCAGGGACGUUAAUGGAAUCGUAGUAGAAGGAAAAAGGUACAAAAUCAAUUGGGAUUAUUACCUGUCAUAACGAUCAAAAUUACCAGACAUAAUCACUUAAAAAAUAUCAGUCUGCAUGCAAUAAAUCUGUUAGUUUUACUGUUUCAUAGUUUACCGAAAUAAACUUUUGAUGCUUUUCUCAUUUAUUGAGAUGCACCAGUACGAGAGCUCGUGAUUACUGCGGAAAACGUCGUCCGCCUCGUAUUUCAUUUUGUGUCAGUAUGCUUUUUUUUUUUUUUUUUGCUUGUCAGAAACUAUAUUGUAAUGUUGUAACUAGCCUCUAGCGCUGCACUGAGUGUCGGCCUCGCCCCUCACCCAGCUACAUGAACACCAUGAUACAAGUACUGAGGGGGAAACGGGGGGACAGUUCACGUGUAAAUGUUUACUCAAGGACUAAAAUAAGUGUUGUUUUUUUUUUUGGUUUUUUUUAAAUGUAAUGUUUUAUCUACCUUAGUGGCUUUCAAUGUGGAAUAAUCCAAGAAAGUAUGGAUCAUAAUUGAGUAUUGCACCAUUUUUCAGACUGUAAAUCUUAAAAAAAAAAAAAUGAAAAAAAAAUUAUAUAUGGAAAGAAAAAAACAGCAAAAAAAAAAAAGUAUUUUUCAGACCUGUGGCCAUAGAUUGGGGGUAAGAGGGACUUUAACUCUCCCUAAUCUGAGCAAACGGAGAGUGAAGGACGAGACAUCAGACCGAGCCUUGGCUUCUAGGGCUCACCUCAGAGGUGCCUACCUUUCUGUUUUUGUUUUUUUUAUUAUUUUAAGUCCUGUCAUUGUUUUUUUGGGGGGGGUUUUCCUGCAAGGCCGCUGACAGUUUACAGUUUUAUUUCUUCAGCAAAACAACGGAGGAAUCAAACAACACGAAUGUUGGAAAAAGAAAGCAAAAGGACAAAUGCUUCCAUUUAAAAAACAAAAAAACACUUCACAAAAAUGAAGAUUUCCUGUGCUACUUUCAGAACUCUGGGAUUGAACAGUGUUGUCUUGUUCUGUUUAACCUUCUUCCUUCUGUUUAUGUUGAUUUUCAUGAACUUAUCUGUUUGUUUUUAUGUUGAUUAUGUAUUAUGUUUUUUUUUUUUUCCUUUGUAGAAAAAGAAAAGAGGAAAAAAAAAAAGAGGCUCACUAUCUUGCACACACACGAUUAAAGUGGAUCUUGUCUCAGGAAAGCCAGGGUUCCAGAGUACCAACUCCACGCCAUUUUAAUGUACAUUUUCUUAUGUAUGAUGAGUUUUAAAAAGAAAAAAAAAGACAGAAUUUUAAGCACUGAAAGUUAUGGAUUUCAGAAGAAAAUACUUUUUGUUUCUAAAUCCGUAGCAGUUACAUAAUAACCAAAUAAUGGACUUUUAAACAAAAAUGGAGUGCUUCAUAAUAUAAAUCUAUAUAUUAAAAAUUGCUUUACUUUUAAAAACAAAAGUGGUCAAUGAGUUUGUUUAAAAAAAAAUAACAUGCAAAUUCUGUAUGUUUGAAUCUUUGUUGUGUUUUUCUUAAUGAGGUCCCUCCCUGACUGAAUCAGGAACAUUGUGCAUUAAUCUUUCUGUCUUUUGUUUUUCCGCGGCGGGUAUUAUUAUUAAUAGAUUAAUCAGACUUGUUUUAGCUCAUUUCUGUUUUUAAGGUUUCGGAGGAUGUUAUGUGAAACAUGAGCUGGUUGUAAAAGGAUCAUGAAUCUAUGCACAAGUGUUGGGCGAGGCAGAAGGUAAAAAGGGUUGGGGAAUUUUAUGGCCUGCUUCUUCUAAGUGGCUGUUUUAUUGCAGGGGUUCUGAUGUGUUUUUAUGUGUUUUAGUUUUUCUUUAAGGGGACAAACAGAUGGAUGGGGUGAAGCCCACCACCUACACCUUUCCACCCCCAGUCUCUCUUCAUAUUGUCCUAGUGCUACAUCGCCAUGCUGUGUAUUCCUAAAACCAAUGAGCAUCUCACACUUUAGCACUGUGGGAUUCUAGCCUGUCACCCUCACGGGUUUUUCUUUGUUUCCUUUCCUCAGUUUUGUGUUAUGAAGGGUGGGAGGUGGGAUUAGGGCUGCUUUGUUUUUGAUUUUUGCCUUUUUUAUUAGUAUACAUGUUGUUACUGAGUUAAUGAGAAGUCAGUGGCUUGUAAUGUUUUAUUUUUGUUUUCUCUGUAUAUCUCUUUCUCCUCAUAGAAUGUGAUUGUUAAAUGACAUGCACCGAAACAAAUGUUUUCAUGAAAUAUGGAGCUUCUUUCAAAUAUUAAUAAAACAGCAUUUUUUUCUUGUC